GUGCUCCAGGUGAUUCUAAGUGAGGCCACAGUUAAGUAGAAAGGCUUCCUUUUAAUUUCUGAGAAUUGAGAGCAGGCUUCGCCUUAGGAGGGGUAAUGGUCUCCACUACCCGAGUCAGGAGGGUUAGGGCCACAGCACACGGGGCCUAGGCUGUAGCUGAAUCUGUGAGCAUCUGGGGGAGGGGAGGGCCCUGGAAGCAGAGAAGGAAAAAUCAGUUCCUGAUUUCCAACUGGGAGUUCACAGCUUCUCAACAGCUCCACACCCAAAGGACUAGGAAGUUGGGCUUUUUGUGCAUUUCAAAGUCCUGCCUGCAGGGGAGCAGUUUAUAGGUGGAGAGACUUGGCUGCCUUUAAAGGUGUGUUCUCCUGAUGCAGCUGGGACUCCUCCACGGAGAUCUUGUGAGAGAGCUCGCUAGAGGCCGAGGUGGACGGAGCAGAGAUGGCGGGGUCUCAGCGACUGCUGACAUUCAGGGAUGUGGCCAUAGAAUUCUCUCAGGAGGAGUGGACAUGCCUGAACCACACUCAGCGGAAACUCUACAGGGAUGUGAUGUUAGAGAACUACGGACACCUCCUCUUCUUGGGUCUCAUUGUGUCAAAGCCAGACCUGGUCUCCUUUUUGGAGCAAAAGAAGGAACCUUGGAGUGUGAAGAGAAAGAAGAGAGUAACCAUCCAUCCAGCCGUAUCUUCACGUGACACCCAGAGCUUGCUGUCAAAGCCAAGUAUCGAAGCUUCCUUCCAAAGAGUGUCAAUGGGUAGAUUAAAAAAUAAUACCAUUGAGAAUUUACACUUCAUGACAGACUGGGACAAUGAUGGAGAGAGUGAAGGGCAUCAAAGACAUCAUGAAGGACACAACCAAACUGAGACAUCUGCCCAUAAUAAGAAUCUCCCUGCCCAAAAUGGUGAAGGAUAUAAAACAUUUUCAGUAACCUCCCUUUUUAAGUCUGCUACUUCCACAAAGCAGUGCAUUUCUGAAAACAAAAGCUCAAAUCAUAUAUUCAAACUUACAUAUUUAGGGAAAGCCGACAGUUUGGACAAUCUGGGAAGUUACCUAGUCCAUGCUGAAAAUAAUUAUUUGAACCCUUGUGAAAAAAGAAUUGGAUUUUCUAUUCAGUCAAAUAUUUCUAAAAAUCAGAGAUUUGUAAAUGAAGAACAAAGUGCUAAACAGGAUCCAUUUGAGAGGUGUUUCACUAAGGAGUCGACCCUACAAAAUUACAAGAGCGUGUUCAAUGGAGACAGAGUUGCUGAAUGCAGUGAAUCUGAGAAAACAUUUAACCAGGGCUCCAAUGUUAGUCGAUGUGUGAGGACUCAGCUUCUAGGGAACCAUCAUGAGUGUAGUAAAUGUGGGGAAGUCUUUUACCAAAACUCUAACCUUAGUACACAUAAUAGUAUGAAUAUAGGAGAGAAUCCUAAAAAUGAAUGUGAGAAUGCUCUUAACAAGUCCUCCAAUGUUGAUGAUCAACAGAGAAUUCAUGUGGGAAAAAACCCAUUCAGGUGUAAUCAACCUGGGAAAAUGUUUUGUCAAGCACCAAGGCUAAGUAUACAUAAGACAGUCCAUACUGGAGAGAAAAGUGACAUUUGUAAGGAAUGUGGCAAAGAUUUUGACUUGGACUCAGUACUACCUCAAUGUCACGACAUGCGUACUGGAGAGAAACCGUACAAAUGUGAAGAAUGUGGCAAGGCCUUUACACAGCACUCAACCCUUACUCAACAUCACACAAUUCAUACUGGCGAGAAACCACACAAAGUUGAGGAAUAUGGCAAGACCUUUAAGAGGUGUUCAUAUCUUACUCGACAUCACAGAAUUCACACUGGUGAGAAACCUCACAAAUGUGAGGAAUGUGGCAAGAGCUUUACUAGGCAUUCAUAUCUUAAACAACAUCAUAGAAUUCAUACUGGAGAGAAACCUUUCAAAUGUGAGGAAUGUGGCAAGGCCUUUAACCAGAACUCAAGUCUUACUCGACAUCAUAGACUUCAUACUGGAGAGAAGCCUUACCAAUGUAAAGAAUGUGGUCGAGCCUUUACCCAGCACUCACACCUUACUAGUCAUCACAGAAUUCACACUAGAGAAAAACCUUAACAAAUGUAAAGAAUGCGGUGAGGCCUUUAAUCACUGUUGAGCCUUUAUUCAUUAUCAAAGAAGUCCCACUAGAGCAAGGCUUCAACGUUUUAGGAUUGUGAGAGAAUGUUUAAGUUCUUUUAAGCAACAAGAAACUUGACUUGAAUGGAAAAUGAUCAAUAUUCUUUUCUUUUAGAGCAAUUUAUCCCUACCUUAAGACAGAUUGUCCUACAUCUAAAACUUUAUACAACGAAAUUAUAUAAAAUAUUCCUUGAUUUUACAAUGAUAAAUGAAAAACUUAAAAAUUCUUCAAUGUAACUGUGGAGGCGGAGAAAAUGAGGCCAUUCCACCUUAACUUCAGAAUUAGCCCAAGUACAGCCAUCUCAGGCCCCUGUGAUAAGAGCUGAACUUUACCUUACUUCGGUUACAGGAAAAAACAGCUUACAGCUUAACGCCCUAGAAAGUCCCAUAUCAGAAUGAGAACAGAGCUUAAUGCCCUUGAAAGCCCCAUAUCAGAAUGUAAACAGAACUUGAGAAAUUCCUCCAUCCCUUCUGGAGGUCGCCUAGACCAGGCCAUAUAACUAAUCUGGAACCCACCUCGGGGUCCAAGUCCCUGCCUCGCUGUUUCGGGUACACUUGGACCCAAGCUCAAGCUUGUAAAUAAACCCUCAUGU